GAAGAGUAUGUCGCAACCUUCAAAGGAUCUGAGUUCUUCUGCUACGAUUUGUCCUUGAACCCCAUUCAAAGCAGCAGUGAUGAAAUCACAUUGUCAUUCAAAACCCUACAGAGGAAUGGACUGAUGCUGCACACGGGCAAAUCGGCUGAUUACGUCAACCUGGCACUGAAAAAUGGGGCUGUCUCACUCGUCAUUAAUUUGGGGUCUGGAGCCUUUGAAGCUCUUGUGGAGCCAGUCAAUGGGAAAUUUAAUGACAAUGAUUGGCAUGAUGUCAAAGUAACAAGGAAUCUACGUCAGGUAACAAUAUCCGUGGAUGGGAUUCUGACCACCACAGGAUAUACACAAGAAGACUACACCAUGCUAGGCUCUGACGACUUUUUCUAUGUUGGAGGGAGUCCUAGCACAGCUGACCUGCCUGGAUCUCCAGUUAGCAACAACUUCAUGGGCUGCCUCAAGGAGGUUGUGUACAAAAACAAUGACGUGAGACUCGAGCUGUCCAGGCUGGCCAGGCAGGGUGAUCCCAAGAUGAAGAUCCAUGGUACUGUGGCUUUCAAGUGUGAGAACGUGGCCACUCUGGACCCCAUCACAUUCGAGACGCCAGAGUCUUUUAUCAUGCUCAACAAGUGGAACGCCAAGAAGACGGGCUCCAUCUCCUUUGACUUCCGCACCACAGAGCCCAACGGUCUUCUCCUCUUCAGCCAUGGCAAGCCCAAGCAGCAGCCGAAGGAUUCAAAGAGUCCCCAGACUCUCAAGGUGGACUUCUUUGCCAUUGAGAUGCUGGAUGGCCAUCUGUACCUGCUGCUGGACAUGGGCUCAGGAACCACAAAGACCAAGGCGGUCAAUAAGAAAGUCAAUGACGGCGAGUGGUACCAUGUGGACUUCCAGCGAGAUGGCAGAUCAGGUACCAUCUCUAUCAACACCCUCCGUACUGCCUACACAGCCCCUGGAGAAAGUGAGAUCCUAGAUUUGGAUGACAAUCUCUACCUCGGGGGUCUGCCAGAGAACAAAAUGGGACUGGUGUUCCCCACUGAGGUGUGGACAGCACUGCUCAACUACGGCUACGUGGGCUGCAUCCGGGAUCUGUUCAUUGACGGACAGAGUAAGGAUGUCCGGCGCCUGGCCGAGAUCCAGAAGGCUGCCGGGGUGAAGCCCUCGUGCUCCAAGGAGCCUCCAAAACAGUGUCUGAGCAACCCCUGCCAGAACAAUGGGAUCUGUAGAGAGGGCUGGAACCGCUAUGUGUGCGACUGCUCUGGGACUGGAUACCUGGGGCGCUCCUGCGAAAGAGAGGCGACCAUCCUCAGCUAUGACGGCAGUAAGUUCAUGAAGGUCCAGCUGCCCGUGGUGAUGCACACAGAAGCUGAGGAUGUGUCCCUGCGCUUCCGCUCCCAGCGAGCCUAUGGCAUCCUAAUAGCCACCACGUCUCGGGACUCGGCUGACAGCCUGCGUCUCGAGCUGGAGAGCGGCCGCGUGCGCCUGACUGUCAAUUUAGAUUGUAUCAGGAUUAACUGUACCUCCAGUAAAGGUCCAGAGACUAUUUUUGCGGGUCAGAAUCUGAACGAUAAUGAGUGGCACACAGUGCGUGUGUUCAGGAGGGGCAAGAGUUUGAAACUGACCGUAGAUGAUCUGCCGCCUGUAGAAGGUCAAAUGGCGGGCGACCACACCCAGCUGGAGUUCCAUAACAUUGAGACGGGCAUUGUGACAGAGAAGCGCUUCUUGUCCAUGGUGCCGUCCAACUUCAUCGGCCACCUCCAGAGCCUCGCCUUCAAUGGCAUGGCCUACAUAGACCUCUGUAAAAACGGUGACAUUGACUACUGUGAGCUCAAUGCCAUGAUUGGCUUCAAGAACAUCAUCGCCGACCCCGUCACCUUCAAGUCGCGCUCCAGCUACGUGACCCUCACCACCUUGCAGGCCUACUACUCCAUGCACCUUUUCUUCCAGUUCAAAACCACCUCCUCCGACGGGCUCAUCCUUUACAACAGCGGGGAUGGGAACGACUUCAUCGUGGUGGAGCUGGUCAAAGGUUACCUGCACUAUGUUUCUGACCUGGGCAACGGAGCCCAUCUGAUCAAAGGCAACUCCAACAAGCCCCUGAACGACAACCACUGGCACAAUGUCAUAAUCUCCAGAGACACCAACAACCUCCACACUGUCAAGAUUGAUACCAAGGUCACCACGCAGACGACCACAGGAGCCAAAAACCUGGACCUGAAGGGUAACCUUUACAUUGGUGGGGUGGCUAAGGAGAUGUACAAGGAUCUGCCCAAGCUGGUGCAUGCCAAGGAGGGUUUCCAAGGUUGUCUGGCAUCAGUGGAUCUGAACGGGCGGCUCCCAGACUUGAUGUCAGAUGCUCUGGAUUGUGUUGGACAGAUAGAGAGAGGAUGCGAAGGCCCCAGCACUACAUGCCAAGAGGACUCGUGUGCCAACCAGGGUGUGUGCCUUCAGCAGUGGGAGGGCUUCAGCUGUGACUGCAGCAUGACGACAUUUGGAGGACCACUGUGUAAUGACGCGGGAACAACGUACAUAUUUGGGCGAGAUGGUGGACUGAUCACAUACACGUGGCCGCCAAAUGACCGUCCCAGCACGAGGGCAGACCGGCUAGCCAUUGGUUUCAGCACGCACCUGAAGGAUGCUGUCCUGGUGAGGGUGGAUAGCUCCUCUGGUCUCGGAGACUUCUUGAAGCUCCACAUCGAAAAAGGGAACAUUGCCGUUGUAUUUAAUGUCGGAACAGAUGACAUUAACAUUGAGGAGACAUCAAAGUUUGUAAAUGACGGAAAGUACCAUAUAGUGAAGUUUACGAGGAGUGGGGGUAAUGCCACUCUGCAGGUGGAUGACCUGCCAGUCAUUGAGCGCUACCCCACAGGCAACAAUGAUAACGAACGCCUGGCGAUUGCUAGACAGCGAAUCCCAUACCGACUUGGUCGAGUAGUUGACGAAUGGCUACUCGACAAAGGGCGGCAGCUUACAAUCUUCAACAGCCAAACCACUAUACAGAUUGGGGGCUGGGAGCGAGACCGAAGUCGAUCCUUUCAGGGCCAGCUUUCGGGCCUCUACUAUAAUGGCUUGAAGGUGUUCAACAUGGCCGCCGAGGGGGAUCCCAACAUAAAGAUCCAAGGCAGCGUGCGGCUUGUGGGGGAGUCGCCCUCCUCUAUCACACCGCAGUCGAGCACCACGGCCAAUCGCUCGGAGACAUCCACGUCCAUCAUGGAGAUCACCACCACCACGGCGUCCAGCAGGCGAGUCAAGCAGACUACACCACGAGAGCCUCAGCAGACAACCGACGACUUGCUGGUGGCAUCAGCUGAGUGUCCGAGCGAUGAUGAGGACAUUGAUCCCUGUGAGCCGAGCUCAGGUGGGUUAGCCAAUCCCACUGGUUCUGGACCGAAAGGUUAUCCAGGCACAUCGGAGGUCUUCAGGGAGUCCAGCAGCACAACAGGGAUGGUGGUUGGCAUCGUAGCAGCAGCGGCGCUGUGUAUUCUGAUCCUGCUCUACGCCAUGUACAAAUACCGGAACAGAGACGAAGGUUCGUACCACGUAGACGAGAGCCGCAACUACAUCAGCAACUCGGCACAGUCCAACGGCACCGUAGUCAAAGAGAAACCAGUCAACACUGCAAAGACCUCAAGCAAGAACAAGAAGAACAAGGACAAGGAGUACUAUGUGUGAUUGUCAAACCUCUGGUCUUUGCCAGACCAACUUAGACAUUUAUCGAAAAGACAAAUCAGGACAUCAACACGUGUACAGUAUAAUAACAAAGAUGAACAUUAUUUAGUCAUUUUUCCUAAAAAGACAAUGCUCUGAAAAGUAAAUAUGAAAAAUGAAAAAAUAACUUUCUUGAGACUCAAGCAUUGGAGAUAAAAAGAAAAUAUAUACAGUCCAGAAAGAGAGUGAUGGAAAAAUGGCUGUGGCAACCAGUUGAAAAUGAACUGAGUACAUAUCUAACAUGUCAACCAAACAACAUUAACCCAUCUGUGACUUGUUUCCUUGGCCAGGACUAUGUGAUCUAACUCCCUUGUUUCUGGUAAACAGAGGAGCACAGACGCACUUUGCAAAGAGGGGUUCAGCAUUGCAAACUUAAUGUUUUCAUUUACAUUGCCUGUGUUUGUGUUGUUGAGACUUUUUCUAGAGAAAAUGACACA